UUCAAAACACGUGUCUUUUCUUUAAAUUACAGUCAGCAAAAUAUUUUCUUUAGUAAAUUGUCAUUCGUAUAGCACAACGACGCCUCGUUUUAGACGUAAUUUCAUCCUCUCGAUCAAGCCUGUUUCAUUUGCUAUGAGGUUAAAGAGAGAAUUAAAAGAAAGCUUGCCUCCGACGAAAAGAUUAAAGACUCUAAGUCCAUCGGUUGUGUUUGAAAAUGAAGGUAACGCAUUAGAAGAAGGUGAAAAAUUAAGCGAUAAUUCAUCGGAAUGUUCGGCAGACUAUUGCCCAAGUACGUCUGAUUGUUCAUCUUCAAUAAACGAGGGUGAAUCGUCGACGGAGAUCCCACAAUGUCUCUCUUUGGAUUGUGAAAUGGUAGGUGUUGGUGUUCAUCGUUCAAGUUCAUUGGCCAGAUGCAGUGUGGUGAAUUAUGAUGGUGACGUUGUCUGUGAUGUUUAUGUCAAACCAGAAUUACCUGUGACAGAUUAUCGUACAAAAUGGAGUGGAAUUCAUAAAGGGGACUUGAGUGAUGGAUGUACUUUUCAAGAGGCAAGAAAACAAGUGCGAAAGAUUAUAAAAGGAUGUAGAUUGGUUGGUCAUUCAUUACACUCAGAUCUUCACGCAUUAAAUCUAUCUCAUCCACGGCAUUUAAUGAGAGAUACAUCAAAGUAUUGGCCAAUGAGAGGACUUGCUGGCUUGCAGAAUAAUGUAACACCUUCAUUGAAAUGUUUAGCAAGCAUUUUGUUAAGUCGUACAAUCCAAGAUGGUGAACAUUGCUCUGUUGAAGAUGCGCAUGCUGCAAUGUCCUUAUAUAAACUCUGUGAACAGCAAUGGGAAAAAGAAAUACGUGGUGAACUAAGCAAUCAGUCAUAUCUGUCUGACCUAUACUGGCCAUCUUGGACAAGAACAGGAUAGUAACAACUCAGGUUUAUUCACAAGCCAAGCAAUGUUGAAGAUAAAGUAAAAUAAAUUCAAUUAAUUUUAAAAACAUUUAAAUUCAUCAGCUUAAUCACAUAUAACUAUUUGAGAAAAAUUGAUGUGUUAAGAUGUAUAUUUUUAUAAACAGUAAUACCAAAAAUGUAAAGCAUGUGACAAUAUAA